CCAUUCUCCCAUUCCAUGGCACAACAAUCUUCCGUCGAGUUUCUACUUCUGCUUCCCUCUCGGUUUUGAUUCCGAUAAUCCCUAUUCCGGUUUUCGCAUUUGAGUUUGUCUGGAACCGUAAAAGAGGAACAAGAACAAUGGGUUCUCUCGGGAACAAACCGCAUGCUGUCUGCAUCCCUUACCCGGCACAGGGCCACAUCAACCCGAUGCUGAAGUUGGCCAAGUUGCUGCACCACAAGGGCUUCCAUAUCACGUUCGUAAACACCGAGUUCAACCACCGGCGCCUCCUCCGGUCCCGUGGGCCCAACGCACUCGACGGACUCCCCUCCUUCCGGUUCGAAACGAUCCCAGACGGCCUCCCGCCAUCGGAUGUGGAUGCCACGCAGGAUAUCCCGUCACUGUGCGAGUCCACGAGGAAAUACUGCCUGCCCUACUUCCGGGGGCUGCUGGCGAGGCUGGACGAGAGGGCUCGCACGGGUGAUAUUUCUCCUGUGAGCUGCGUGGUGUCGGACGGUGCGAUGAGCUUCACGCUCGACGCCGCUGAGGAGAUCGGAGUGCCAGAAGUGCUCUUUUGGACAACCAGCGCUUGUGGUUUGAUGGGCUACGUUCACUACCAAAGUCUGGUUGAAAGGGGUUAUACGCCGCUCAAAGAUGAAACCUAUCUAACCAACGGGUAUCUGGACACGGUCAUAGAUUGGAUUCCUGGAAUGAAAAACAUCCUUUUGAAGGACCUGCCGAGUUUCAUUCGAACCGUUAACCCUGACGAGCUGAUGGUAAACUUCUGCAUAGGUGAGACUGCAAGGGCUCAACGAGGAUCCGCUGUCAUAUUGAACACAUUCGAGGCGCUCGAACACGAUGUAUUAGAUGGACUUAGGACCUUGCUCCCUCCUAUACACUCGAUCGGGCCACUCCAUCUCCUCUUGGACCAGGUCCCGGAUUCUGAUUUAAAACAGAUCGAAUCUAACCUAUGGAAAGAAGAUGAAGAGUGCCUUGAAUGGCUCGACUCGAAGGAACCCAACUCUGUCAUUUACGUGAACUUCGGGAGCAUAACCGUCGUAACCGCUGAGCAACUCCUCGAGUUCGCUUGGGGACUCGCCAAUAGCAACCAAACCUUCUUGUGGGUGAUCCGGCCUGACCUCGUGUCCGGGGAGUCGGCGAUUCUCCCGCCGGGUUUCGUUGAAGCAACUAAAGGGAGGAGUUUAUUGCCAAGCUGGUGCCCGCAGGAGAAAGUGCUCAAACACCCGGCAGUCGGAGGAUUCCUAACUCACUGCGGGUGGAACUCGACGCUGGAGAGCAUCUGUGCUGGCGUGCCGAUGAUCUGCUGGCCUUUCUUCGCAGAGCAGCAGACGAACUGCAGGUACAACCGCAUGGAGUGGGGGAUAGGGAUGGAAAUCGACAGCAACGUGAAGAGAGACGAAGUCGAAGCGCUCGUGAGGGAGUUGAUGGAUGGAGAGAAAGGGAAGAAGAUGAAGGAGAGAGCCAUGGACUGGAAGAAGAAGGCCGGAGAGGCCGCCACGGGACCAUUGGGUUCGACGUACGCCAGUUUGGACAGUCUGAUCAAUAAGGUGCUACUUCAGCCGAGAAAUAAUUAGAUAAAUCUUAAACAAAUCGAGAGAAAUAUGUUUUUUCUUUUUAUUUGUUCAUCACUAAUUCAUACUCCUUUCUUGUGUUUUUGUUAUGUAUCGUCUUUCGGACGAAUCAUAAGUAUCAUGAAAUUGCUAUUUACCCCUUAUGAUU